UGCUGCUUCCCGCCAAAACUCGCUUCGGUACGCAUGUGAUUAUGAUGCGACGACUUCUUCAGCUGCAAUCGCAUCUUAUGCAGGUGGUCGUUGGUGAUCGAUGGAAGGACACUGUUUGGUCAACGAAGAAGAUUCGAGACGACGACGUGGAGGUCACAACAUGUGUCGGUUGUACUUAGUGGUGGGAGGAUAUGAGAGUGCUGUGCAAGUUGUUGGAUCCCAUCAUGGACAUGCUGCAGAUGGUGGACAGCGACACGAGGCAGAUUGGCAAGAUUUUGUGUCGGUACGACGAGAUGAUCGUGCGUUGUUUGUCUGCAUGUACCGCUUUGGAGAAGGACGAGCAGGACGCGCUGCUUGAAGUGUUUGACAGACGUCGCACCAUGUUCAAGUCGCCAGCUCAUGUUACUGUCAUGAUGUUGGACCCCGAGUUUCGAGACCGCACGAUGCCAGACGAGGAGGAGAUGCAGCACGGUUUGAAACUCGCUCUGAUUCAGUUUGGGUACCCGGAGCAUUCGAAUCAGCACAACGAGGUCCUCACUGCCAUUGAUAAGUUUCAUUAUAGGGAGCCGCUUCCGAGAGGAGGAGGUGUCGGUGGUCGCGGAGGUGGUCGUCGGGCCAGUCGUGGGCGAGGUGGCCGUGGAGGUCCUGGCGGGAGGAGUGUCACGAGUCGUCGAAUGACGGUGGCCGAGCUUGUACGCAAGCCACGACAACGAUGGGAUGAGGGAGACUUUCUGUACGAGAGCUCGUCCAGUGACGAUGAGGAUUUCUUUGGGACUGGCCGGACUGCACAGGAUGAUGACAACGAUAUCGACAACCGUCACCCUGACGUAGACGACGACGAUGGCGUCAGAGACGAUGAUCGUGGUGAUGGUGGAGAUCGGCCACGACCUCGCUCGACUCGGACAGACGCUGACAGAGGGCCUGACGAGGGAGCGAGACAUUGUCACGAUGAGGGUGGCGCUGGCCUGACGAGGGAGCGAGACAUUGUCAGGAUGAGGGUGGCGCUGAUGCACGAAGCGGCGGAGGGGCCUGGAGACCUGCAAAUGGUGACACCAUGCACGACGACGGGGCAGGAGGCGAGCACCGCACAGUCUCGGAUGACGCUCGAGGGGCCUCGAGACCUGCAAAUGGUGACACCAUGCGAGGCGACGGGGCAGGAGGCGAGCGCCGCACACACCGCACACCGCAGUUUUUCUGAUUCGUUUGACGGCCCGGAGCAAGCUCCUAUGGGUGGGGCAGUUGACACAGUCGAAAGACCAGCAACACCCCCACGUUCGCCGUCAAACUCAGAGCAUCAUCCCGAUAGCGCGGUUGUCGGGGUAGUUACGGGCGUUCCCGCCACAAACACCGCGGAUGCGACACGACAGCCUUUGGUAGGGUCAUCAUCAUGGCGCGACACCACCACUGUUUUGGCGACAGCGGCAUUCUAUGUCAGUGGGAGCAGUGUUGGGGGGUUGGACGAGCAGGGAGUCCGGAUUGUUGGCAGGCCAUGUGCACCGUCUAUGGGGACACGAUCCAUUGGGACUGUCGAUGGUGCUCGCCACACCGCCAUGACAUACUAUGAGGAGCGAUACGGGAGUGCUUUGCCGACGAAGACCUCUGAUGUCCAUGCUACGAAGGCCGCGAAGGCGACUCUUUCUCGGGCGAAGAAGAGGGCCUCGGAAAGGAAGGCGUCACGUUCGUCACCACAUAUGCGUUCAGGUAUUGGGCGAUCCGGCGUUGUGCAUAUCGAGGACGGAGAGAUUGCACCUGAUGGUGAUGCAUUGGAUGUUGGAGGGAGGGCUGCAACGACGGCGGACAGCGUCGCCAUGGAUGGUGCAGGGGAUGGAGUGGCAGGUCAAAAGAGACGCGGCGGUGUACUUAUCGUCCACGAUGACAACACGGAUGUCGCCCCGGGAGAGACCACAGGUACUGAUGAUGCGGGGGACUCCGAUUACGUGCCUACAGGCCCUAAACCACGGGGGGCGGACGGGGAUGAUGGAGGAGGGUGGUGAGUGAGAUAGAGGACACGGCUCGGGCCACAAGGGCAGCGGCCGCAUGGCACAGCAUUGGCGACAAUUCCUUCGCCCAUUGAUCGGC